AUGGUACAUGGAGCAAGAUGUAUUUGUCAAAUCUGUACUUGCGGGUGAGAUUUUUAUUCAUAAUUUUCUGAAUUUAUUCCAAAAAAAUUUUAACAUUUCAGAAGACACAAAUGCCCGCAUGAUCGAAAUGCGAGCAGUAUCCAAUUUGACGACGGUAAUACCUCAAAUCGGUUUGAUAGUAGUUCCAAUUUCAAAAAAGUGAGUUCAUCCUCCCUCUUUUUUUCCACUUUUCAAUGAAAACUCUUGAAAAUUUCAGCAAACUAGUAUUGUGAGUAGAUCAAAAUCGAGUAUUGAACGGGUUGUUCCAAUUAGACAUCAAAGCAGAAUUUCGGAGAUUUUUCAAAGUUCAGUAUCAUCUGAUGAUUUUUCUGUUGCACAUUCAUCUUCAAGAGAAUUGAAAAAUUCAAAAAAUGAUAUCAAGGUAUGAAAAAUAUCCACAUAAAAAAAACAUUUUUUGAAUAUUUCAGUUACCACGACUUGAUAUUGGAAGAAAUGAAACCUCCACACGUUCUGUGAACACUGAACAAUCGAAAUUGCAAUCAAUUCAUGUUAAAACUAAUGUUAGCCCUAAAACUGCCAACGUCGACAAAAAUAAUCAGUCACCUAGAAAUCAAUCAUCAAUUGGAACAUUAUUUACGACCACAAACGCAAUGUUUCCAGAAAGAGAAAAACUUACGAGAAACAUUUCUCGACCAAAUAGUUCAUCUGAUAGUCAAUCUUCAUCGGCAAGAUCAGCGUCGAACUCUGCAAGGAAAACAACAGAACACAAACAUUUUCAGAAUACAAGAAGGUCUGAAAAUUUGCAGAAAACAACAACUUCCGCAACGAAAUAUAUUUCGAAUAUGAGAACACAAAAUCAAGAAGACUUCACAAAUCUUCGUGGAGAUCGUUAUGAGAGAAGAAUUCCUACGGAUAACAAGAUUUUGCCAGCUGAUGGAACUGCAUUCGAUGCGAAAACACAAAAUCAAGAAGACUUCACAAAUCUUCGUGGAGAUCGUUAUGAAAGAAGAAUUCCUACUGAUAACAAGAUUUUGCCAGCUGAUGGAACUGCAUUCGAUGCGAAAACACAAAAUCAAGAAGACUUCACAAAUCUUCGUGGAGAUCGUUAUGAGCGAAGAAUUCCAACGGAUAACAAGAUUUUGCCAGCUGAUGGAACUGCAUUCGAUGCGAAAACACAAAAUCAAGAAGACUUCACAAAUCUUCGUGGAGAUCGUUAUGAGCGAAGAAUUCCAACGGAUAACAAGAUUUUGCCAGCUGAUGGAACUGCAUUCGAUGCGAAAACACAAAAUCAAGAAGACUUCACAAAUCUUCGUGGAGAUCGUUAUGAGCGAAGAAUUCCAACGGAUAACAAGAUUUUGCCAGCUGAUGGAACUGCAUUCGAUGCGAAAACACAAAAUCAAGAAGACUUCACAAAUCUUCGUGGAGAUCGUUAUGAGAGAAGAAUUCCAACGGAUAACAAGAUUUUGCCAGCUGAUGGAACUGCAUUCGAUGCGAAAACACAAAAUCAAGAAGACUUCACAAAUCUUCGUGGAGAUCGUUAUGAGCGAAGAAUUCCAACGGAUAACAAGAUUUUGCCAGCUGAUGGAACUGCAUUCGAUGCGAAAACACAAAAUCAAGAAGACUUCACAAAUCUUCGUGGAGAUCGUUAUGAGCGAAGAAUUCCAACGGAUAACAAGAUUUUGCCAGCUGAUGGAACUGCAUUCGAUGCGAAAACACAAAAUCAAGAAGACUUCACAAAUCUUCGUGGAGAUCGUUAUGAGCGAAGAAUUCCAACGGAUAACAAGAUUUUGCCAGCUGAUGGAACUGCAUUCGAUGCGAAAACACAAAAUCAAGAAGACUUCACAAAUCUUCGUGGAGAUCGUUAUGAGAGAAGAAUUCCAACGGAUAACAAGAUUUUGCCAGCUGAUGGAACUGCAUUCGAUGCGAAAACACAAAAUCAAGAAGACUUCACAAAUCUUCGUGGAGAUCGUUAUGAGCGAAGAAUUCCAACGGAUAACAAGAUUUUGCCAGCUGAUGGAACUGCAUUCGAUGCGAAAACACAAAAUCAAGAAGACUUCACAAAUCUUCGUGGAGAUCGUUAUGAGAGAAGAAUUCCAACGGAUAACAAGAUUUUGCCAGCUGAUGGAACUGCAUUCGAUGCGAAAACACAAAAUCAAGAAGACUUCACAAAUCUUCGUGGAGAUCGUUAUGAGCGAAGAAUUCCAACGGAUAACAAGAUUUUGCCAGCUGAUGGAACUGCAUUCGAUGCGAAAACACAAAAUCAAGAAGACUUCACAAAUCUUCGUGGAGAUCGUUAUGAGCGAAGAAUUCCAACGGAUAACAAGAUUUUGCCAGCUGAUGGAACUGCAUUCGAUGCGAAAACACAAAAUCAAGAAGACUUCACAAAUCUUCGUGGAGAUCGUUAUGAGCGAAGAAUUCCAACGGAUAACAAGAUUUUGCCAGCUGAUGGAACUGCAUUCGAUGCGAAAACACAAAAUCAAGAAGACUUCACAAAUCUUCGUGGAGAUCGUUAUGAGAGAAGAAUUCCAACGGAUAACAAGAUUUUGCCAGCUGAUGGAACUGCAUUCGAUGCGAAAACACAAAAUCAAGAAGACUUCACAAAUCUUCGUGGAGAUCGUUAUGAGCGAAGAAUUCCAACGGAUAACAAGAUUUUGCCAGCUGAUGGAACUGCAUUCGAUGCGAAAACACAAAAUCAAGAAGACUUCACAAAUCUUCGUGGAGAUCGUUAUGAGAGAAGAAUUCCUACGGAUAACAAGAUUUUGCCAGCUGAUGGAACUGCAUUCGAUGCGAAAACACAAAAUCAAGAAGACUUCACAAAUCUUCGUGGAGAUCGUUAUGAGAGAAGAAUUCCAACGGAUAACAAGAUUUUGCCAGCUGAUGGAACUGCAUUCGAUGCGAAAACACAAAAUCAAGAAGACUUCACAAAUCUUCGUGGAGAUCGUUAUGAGCGAAGAAUUCCAACGGAUAACAAGAUUUUGCCAGCUGAUGGAACUGCAUUCGAUGCGAAAACACAAAAUCAAGAAGACUUCACAAAUCUUCGUGGAGAUCGUUAUGAGAGAAGAAUUCCUACGGAUAACAAGAUUUUGCCAGCUGAUGGAACUGUAUUCGAUGCGAAAACACAAAAUCAAGAAGACUUCACAAAUCUUCGUGGAGAUCGUUAUGAGCGAAGAAUUCCAACGGAUAACAAGAUUUUGCCAGCUGAUGGAACUGCAUUCGAUGCGAAAACACAAAAUCAAGAAGACUUCACAAAUCUUCGUGGAGAUCGUUAUGAGCGAAGAAUUCCAACGGAUAACAAGAUUUUGCCAGCUGAUGGAACUGCAUUCGAUGCGAAAACACAAAAUCAAGAAGACUUCACAAAUCUUCGUGGAGAUCGUUAUGAGAGAAGAAUUCCUACGGAUAACAAGAUUUUGCCAGCUGAUGGAACUGCAUUCGAUGCGAAAACACAAAAUCAAGAAGACUUCACAAAUCUUCGUGGAGAUCGUUAUGAGAGAAGAAUUCCUACGGAUAACAAGAUUUUGCCAGCUGAUGGAACUGUAUUCGAUGCGAAAACACAAAAUCAAGAAGACUUCACAAAUCUUCGUGGAGAUCGUUAUGAGAGAAGAAUUCCUACUGAUAACAAGAUUUUGCCAGCUGAUGGAACUGCAUUCGAUGCGAAAACACAAAAUCAAGAAGACUUCACAAAUCUUCGUGGAGAUCGUUAUGAGAGAAGAAUUCCUACGGAUAACAAGAUUUUGCCAGCUGAUGGAACUGUAUUCGAUGCGAAAACACAAAAUCAAGAAGACUUCACAAAUCUUCGUGGAGAUCGUUAUGAGAGAAGAAUUCCUACUGAUAACAAGAUUUUGCCAGCUGAUGGAACUGCAUUCGAUGCGAAAACACAAAAUCAAGAAGACUUCACAAAUCUUCGUGGAGAUCGUUAUGAGAGAAGAAUUCCUACGGAUAACAAGAUUUUGCCAGCUGAUGGAACUGUAUUCGAUGCGAAAACACAAAAUCAAGAAGACUUCACAAAUCUUCGUGGAGAUCGUUAUGAGAGAAGAAUUCCUACUGAUAACAAGAUUUUGCCAGCUGAUGGAACUGCAUUCGAUGCGAAAACACAAAAUCAAGAAGACUUCACAAAUCUUCGUGGAGAUCGUUAUGAGAGAAGAAUUCCUACGGAUAACAAGAUUUUGCCAGCUGAUGGAACUGCAUUCGAUGCAAAAACACAAAAUCAAGAAGACUUCACAAAUCUUCGUGGAGAUCGUUAUGAGAGAAGAAUUCCUACUGAUAACAAGAUUUUGCCAGCUGAUGGAACUGCAUUCGAUGCGAAAACACAAAAUCAAGAAGACUUCACAAAUCUUCGUGGAGAUCGUUAUGAGAGAAGAAUUCCUACGGAUAACAAGAUUUUGCCAGCUGAUGGAACUGCAUUCGAUGCGAAAACACAAAAUCAAGAAGACUUCACAAAUCUUCGUGGAGAUCGUUAUGAGAGAAGAAUUCCUACUGAUAACAAGAUUUUGCCAGCUGAUGGAACUGUAUUCGAUGCGAAAACACAAAAUCAAGAAGACUUCACAAAUCUUCGUGGAGAUCGUUAUGAGAGAAGAAUUCCUACUGAUAACAAGAUUUUGCCAGCUGAUGGAACUGCAUUCGAUGCGAAAACACAAAAUCAAGAAGACUUCACAAAUCUUCGUGGAGAUCGUUAUGAGAGAAGAAUUCCUACGGAUAACAAGAUUUUGCCAGCUGAUGGAACUGUAUUCGAUGCGAAAACACAAAAUCAAGAAGACUUCACAAAUCUUCGUGGAGAUCGUUAUGAGAGAAGAAUUCCAACGGAUAACAAGAUUUUGCCAGCUGAUGGAACUGCAUUCGAUGCGAAAACACAAAAUCAAGAAGACUUCACAAAUCUUCGUGGAGAUCGUUAUGAGAGAAGAAUUCCUACUGAUAACAAGAUUUUGCCAGCUGAUGGAACUGUAUUCGAUGCGAAAACACAAAAUCAAGAAGACUUCACAAAUCUUCGUGGAGAUCGUUAUGAGAGAAGAAUUCCUACGGAUAACAAGAUUUUGCCAGCUGAUGGAACUGCAUUCGAUGCGAAAACACAAAAUCAAGAAGACUUCACAAAUCUUCGUGGAGAUCGUUAUGAGAGAAGAAUUCCUACUGAUAACAAGAUUUUGCCAGCUGAUGGAACUGCAUUCGAUGCGAAAACACAAAAUCAAGAAGACUUCACAAAUCUUCGUGGAGAUCGUUAUGAGAGAAGAAUUCCUACUGAUAACAAGAUUUUGCCAGCUGAUGGAACUGCAUUCGAUGCGAAAACACAAAAUCAAGAAGACUUCACAAAUCUUCGUGGAGAUCGUUAUGAGAGAAGAAUUCCUACUGAUAACAAGAUUUUGCCAGCUGAUGGAACUGCAUUCGAUGCGAAAACACAAAAUCAAGAAGACUUCACAAAUCUUCGUGGAGAUCGUUAUGAGCGAAGAAUUCCAACGGAUAACAAGAUUUUGCCAGCUGAUGGAACUGCAUUCGAUGCGAAAACACAAAAUCAAGAAGACUUCACAAAUCUUCGUGGAGAUCGUUAUGAGAGAAGAAUUCCUACGGAUAACAAGAUUUUGCCAGCUGAUGGAACUGUAUUCGAUGCGAAAACACAAAAUCAAGAAGACUUCACAAAUCUUCGUGGAGAUCGUUAUGAGCGAAGAAUUCCAACGGAUAACAAGAUUUUGCCAGCUGAUGGAACUGCAUUCGAUGCGAAAACACAAAAUCAAGAAGACUUCACAAAUCUUCGUGGAGAUCGUUAUGAGAGAAGAAUUCCAACGGAUAACAAGAUUUUGCCAGCUGAUGGAACUGCAUUCGAUGCGAAAACACAAAAUCAAGAAGACUUCACAAAUCUUCGUGGAGAUCGUUAUGAGAGAAGAAUUCCUACGGAUAACAAGAUUUUGCCAGCUGAUGGAACUGCAUUCGAUGCAAAAACACAAAAUCAAGAAGACUUCACAAAUCUUCGUGGAGAUCGUUAUGAGAGAAGAAUUCCAACGGAUAACAAGAUUUUGCCAGCUGAUGGAACUGCAUUCGAUGCGAAAACACAAAAUCAAGAAGACUUCACAAAUCUUCGUGGAGAUCGUUAUGAGCGAAGAAUUCCAACGGAUAACAAGAUUUUGCCAGCUGAUGGAACUGCAUUCGAUGCGAAAACACAAAAUCAAGAAGACUUCACAAAUCUUCGUGGAGAUCGUUAUGAGAGAAGAAUUCCUACGGAUAACAAGAUUUUGCCAGCUGAUGGAACUGUAUUCGAUGCGAAAACACAAAAUCAAGAAGACUUCACAAAUCUUCGUGGAGAUCGUUAUGAGAGAAGAAUUCCUACGGAUAACAAGAUUUUGCCAGCUGAUGGAACUGCAUUCGAUGCGAAAACACAAAAUCAAGAAGACUUCACAAAUCUUCGUGGAGAUCGUUAUGAGAGAAGAAUUCCUACUGAUAACAAGAUUUUGCCAGCUGAUGGAACUGUAUUCGAUGCGAAAACACAAAAUCAAGAAGACUUCACAAAUCUUCGUGGAGAUCGUUAUGAGAGAAGAAUUCCUACGGAUAACAAGAUUUUGCCAGCUGAUGGAACUGUAUUCGAUGCGAAAACACAAAAUCAAGAAGACUUCACAAAUCUUCGUGGAGAUCGUUAUGAGAGAAGAAUUCCUACUGAUAACAAGAUUUUGCCAGCUGAUGGAACUGUAUUCGAUGCGAAAACACAAAAUCAAGAAGACUUCACAAAUCUUCGUGGAGAUCGUUAUGAGAGAAGAAUUCCUACGGAUAACAAGAUUUUGCCAGCUGAUGGAACUGUAUUCGAUGCGAAAACACAAAAUCAAGAAGACUUCACAAAUCUUCGUGGAGAUCGUUAUGAGAGAAGAAUUCCUACUGAUAACAAGAUUUUGCCAGCUGAUGGAACUGCAUUCGAUGCAAAAACACAAAAUCAAGAAGACUUCACAAAUCUUCGUGGAGAUCGUUAUGAGCGAAGAAUUCCAACGGAUAACAAGAUUUUGCCAGCUGAUGGAACUGCAUUCGAUGCGAAAACACAAAAUCAAGAAGACUUCACAAAUCUUCGUGGAGAUCGUUAUGAGAGAAGAAUUCCUACUGAUAACAAGAUUUUGCCAGCUGAUGGAACUGCAUUCGAUGCGAAAACACAAAAUCAAGAAGACUUCACAAAUCUUCGUGGAGAUCGUUAUGAGAGAAGAAUUCCUACUGAUAACAAGAUUUUGCCAGCUGAUGGAACUGCAUUCGAUGCAAAAACACAAAAUCAAGAAGACUUCACAAAUCUUCGUGGAGAUCGUUAUGAGAGAAGAAUUCCUACGGAUAACAAGAUACUGCCAGCUGAUGGAACUGCAUUCGAUGCGAAAACACAAAAUCAAGAAGACUUCACAAAUCUUCGUGGAGAUCGUUAUGAGAGAAGAAUUCCUACGGAUAACAAGAUUUUGCCAGCUGAUGGAACUGCAUUCGAUGCGAAAACACAAAAUCAAGAAGACUUCACAAAUCUUCGUGGAGAUCGUUAUGAGAGAAGAAUUCCUACGGAUAACAAGAUUUUGCCAGCUGAUGGAACUGCAUUCGAUGCGAAAACACAAAAUCAAGAAGACUUCACAAAUCUUCGUGGAGAUCGUUAUGAGCGAAGAAUUCCAACGGAUAACAAGAUUUUGCCAGCUGAUGGAACUGCAUUCGAUGCGAAAACACAAAAUCAAGAAGACUUCACAAAUCUUCGUGGAGAUCGUUAUGAGAGAAGAAUUCCUACUGAUAACAAGAUUUUGCCAGCUGAUGGAACUGCAUUCGAUGCGAAAACACAAAAUCAAGAAGACUUCACAAAUCUUCGUGGAGAUCGUUAUGAGAGAAGAAUUCCAACGGAUAACAAGAUUUUGCCAGCUGAUGGAACUGCAUUCGAUGCGAAAACACAAAAUCAAGAAGACUUCACAAAUCUUCGUGGAGAUCGUUAUGAGAGAAGAAUUCCUACUGAUAACAAGAUUUUGCCAGCUGAUGGAACUGCAUUCGAUGCGAAAACACAAAAUCAAGAAGACUUCACAAAUCUUCGUGGAGAUCGUUAUGAGAGAAGAAUUCCUACUGAUAACAAGAUUUUGCCAGCUGAUGGAACUGCAUUCGAUGCGAAAACACAAAAUCAAGAAGACUUCACAAAUCUUCGUGGAGAUCGUUAUGAGAGAAGAAUUCCUACUGAUAACAAGAUUUUGCCAGCUGAUGGAACUGCAUUCGAUGCAAAAACACAAAAUCAAGAAGACUUCACAAAUCUUCGUGGAGAUCGUUAUGAGAGAAGAAUUCCUACGGAUAACAAGAUUUUGCCAGCUGAUGGAACUGCAUUCGAUGCAAAAACACAAAAUCAAGAAGACUUCACAAAUCUUCGUGGAGAUCGUUAUGAGAGAAGAAUUCCUACUGAUAACAAGAUUUUGCCAGCUGAUGGAACUGCAUUCGAUGCGAAAACACAAAAUCAAGAAGACUUCACAAAUCUUCGUGGAGAUCGUUAUGAGAGAAGAAUUCCUACGGAUAACAAGAUUUUGCCAGCUGAUGGAACUGCAUUCGAUGCGAAAACACAAAAUCAAGAAGACUUCACAAAUCUUCGUGGAGAUCGUUAUGAGAGAAGAAUUCCUACGGAUAACAAGAUUUUGCCAGCUGAUGGAACUGCAUUCGAUGCGAAAACACAAAAUCAAGAAGACUUCACAAAUCUUCGUGGAGAUCGUUAUGAGAGAAGAAUUCCUACGGAUAACAAGAUUUUGCCAGCUGAUGGAACUGCAUUCGAUGCGAAAACACAAAAUCAAGAAGACUUCACAAAUCUUCGUGGAGAUCGUUAUGAGAGAAGAAUUCCUACGGAUAACAAGAUUUUGCCAGCUGAUGGAACUGCAUUCGAUGCGAAAACACAAAAUCAAGAAGACUUCACAAAUCUUCGUGGAGAUCGUUAUGAGCGAAGAAUUCCAACGGAUAACAAGAUUUUGCCAGCUGAUGGAACUGCAUUCGAUGCGAAAACACAAAAUCAAGAAGACUUCACAAAUCUUCGUGGAGAUCGUUAUGAGAGAAGAAUUCCUACUGAUAACAAGAUUUUGCCAGCUGAUGGAACUGCAUUCGAUGCGAAAACACAAAAUCAAGAAGACUUCACAAAUCUUCGUGGAGAUCGUUAUGAGAGAAGAAUUCCUACUGAUAACAAGAUUUUGCCAGCUGAUGGAACUGCAUUCGAUGCGAAAACACAAAAUCAAGAAGACUUCACAAAUCUUCGUGGAGAUCGUUAUGAGAGAAGAAUUCCUACUGAUAACAAGAUUUUGCCAGCUGAUGGAACUGCAUUCGAUGCAAAAACACAAAAUCAAGAAGACUUCACAAAUCUUCGUGGAGAUCGUUAUGAGAGAAGAAUUCCUACGGAUAACAAGAUUUUGCCAGCUGAUGGAACUGCAUUCGAUGCAAAAACACAAAAUCAAGAAGACUUCACAAAUCUUCGUGGAGAUCGUUAUGAGAGAAGAAUUCCUACUGAUAACAAGAUUUUGCCAGCUGAUGGAACUGCAUUCGAUGCGAAAACACAAAAUCAAGAAGACUUCACAAAUCUUCGUGGAGAUCGUUAUGAGAGAAGAAUUCCUACGGAUAACAAGAUUUUGCCAGCUGAUGGAACUGCAUUCGAUGCGAAAACACAAAAUCAAGAAGACUUCACAAAUCUUCGUGGAGAUCGUUAUGAGAGAAGAAUUCCUACGGAUAACAAGAUUUUGCCAGCUGAUGGAACUGCAUUCGAUGCGAAAACACAAAAUCAAGAAGACUUCACAAAUCUUCGUGGAGAUCGUUAUGAGCGAAGAAUUCCUACUGAUAACAAGAUUUUGCCAGCUGAUGGAACUGCAUUCGAUGCGAAAACACAAAAUCAAGAAGACUUCACAAAUCUUCGUGGAGAUCGUUAUGAGAGAAGAAUUCCUACGGAUAACAAGAUUUUGCCAGCUGAUGGAACUGCAUUCGAUGCGAAAACACAAAAUCAAGAAGACUUCACAAAUCUUCGUGGAGAUCGUUAUGAGCGAAGAAUUCCUACUGAUAACAAGAUUUUGCCAGCUGAUGGAACUGCAUUCGAUGCGAAAACACAAAAUCAAGAAGACUUCACAAAUCUUCGUGGAGAUCGUUAUGAGCGAAGAAUUCCUACUGAUAACAAGAUUUUGCCAGCUGAUGGAACUGCAUUCGAUGCGAAAACACAAAAUCAAGAAGACUUCACAAAUCUUCGUGGAGAUCGUUAUGAAAGAAGAAUUCCAACGGAUAACAAGAUUUUGCCAGCUGAUGGAACUGCAUUCGAUGCGAAAACACAAAAUCAAGAAGACUUCACAAAUCUUCGUGGAGAUCGUUAUGAAAGAAGAAUUCCAACGGAUAACAAGAUUUUGCCAGCUGAUGGAACUGCAUUCGAUGCGAAAACACAAAAUCAAGAAGACUUCACAAAUCUUCGUGGAGAUCGUUAUGAGAGAAGAAUUCCUACGGAUAACAAGAUUUUGCCAGCUGAUGGAACUGCAUUCGAUGCGAAAACACAAAAUCAAGAAGACUUCACAAAUCUUCGUGGAGAUCGUUAUGAAAGAAGAAUUCCAACGGAUAACAAGAUUUUGCCAGCUGAUGGAACUGCAUUCGAUGCGAAAACACAAAAUCAAGAAGACUUCACAAAUCUUCGUGGAGAUCGUUAUGAAAGAAGAAUUCCAACGGAUAACAAGAUUUUGCCAGCUGAUGGAACUGCAUUCGAUGCGAAAACACAAAAUCAAGAAGACUUCACAAAUCUUCGUGGAGAUCGUUAUGAGAGAAGAAUUCCAACGGAUAACAAGAUUUUGCCAGCUGAUGGAACUGCAUUCGAUGCGAAAACACAAAAUCAAGAAGACUUCACAAAUCUUCGUGGAGAUCGUUAUGAGAGAAGAAUUCCUACUGAUAACAAGAUUUUGCCAGCUGAUGGAACUGCAUUCGAUGCGAAAACACAAAAUCAAGAAGACUUCACAAAUCUUCGUGGAGAUCGUUAUGAGAGAAGAAUUCCUACGGAUAACAAGAUUUUGCCAGCUGAUGGAACUGUAUUCGAUGCGAAAACACAAAAUCAAGAAGACUUCACAAAUCUUCGUGGAGAUCGUUAUGAAAGAAGAAUUCCUACUGAUAACAAGAUUUUGCCAGCUGAUGGAACUGCAUUCGAUGCGAAAACACAAAAUCAAGAAGACUUCACAAAUCUUCGUGGAGAUCGUUAUGAGAGAAGAAUUCCUACGGAUAACAAGAUUUUGCCAGCUGAUGGAACUGCAUUCGAUGCGAAAACACAAAAUCAAGAAGACUUCACAAAUCUUCGUGGAGAUCGUUAUGAAAGAAGAAUUCCUACUGAUAACAAGAUUUUGCCAGCUGAUGGAACUGCAUUCGAUGCGAAAACACAAAAUCAAGAAGACUUCACAAAUCUUCGUGGAGAUCGUUAUGAAAGAAGAAUUCCUACUGAUAACAAGAUUUUGCCAGCUGAUGGAACUGUAUUCGAUGCGAAAACACAAAAUCAAGAAGACUUCACAAAUCUUCGUGGAGAUCGUUAUGAAAGAAGAAUUCCUACUGAUAACAAGAUUUUGCCAGCUGAUGGAACUGUAUUCGAUGCGAAAACACAAAAUCAAGAAGACUUCACAAAUCUUCGUGGAGAUCGUUAUGAGCGAAGAAUUCCUACUGAUAACAAGAUUUUGCCAGCUGAUGGAACUGCAUUCGAUGCGAAAACACAAAAUCAAGAAGACUUCACAAAUCUUCGUGGAGAUCGUUAUGAAAGAAGAAUUCCUACUGAUAACAAGAUUUUGCCAGCUGAUGGAACUGCAUUCGAUGCGAAAACACAAAAUCAAGAAGACUUCACAAAUCUUCGUGGAGAUCGUUAUGAGAGAAGAAUUCCUACGGAUAACAAGAUUUUGCCAGCUGAUGGAACUGCAUUCGAUGCGAAAACACAAAAUCAAGAAGACUUCACAAAUCUUCGUGGAGAUCGUUAUGAGCGAAGAAUUCCUACUGAUAACAAGAUUUUGCCAGCUGAUGGAACUGCAUUCGAUGCGAAAACACAAAAUCAAGAAGACUUCACAAAUCUUCGUGGAGAUCGUUAUGAGCGAAGAAUUCCUACUGAUAACAAGAUUUUGCCAGCUGAUGGAACUGCAUUCGAUGCGAAAACACAAAAUCAAGAAGACUUCACAAAUCUUCGUGGAGAUCGUUAUGAGAGAAGAAUUCCAACGGAUAACAAGAUUUUGCCAGCUGAUGGAACUGCAUUCGAUGCGAAAACACAAAAUCAAGAAGACUUCACAAAUCUUCGUGGAGAUCGUUAUGAGAGAAGAAUUCCUACUGAUAACAAGAUUUUGCCAGCUGAUGGAACUGCAUUCGAUGCGAAAACACAAAAUCAAGAAGACUUCACAAAUCUUCGUGGAGAUCGUUAUGAGAGCAGAAUUCCUACGGAUAACAAGAUUUUGCCAGCUGAUGGAACUGUAUUCGAUGCGAAAACACAAAAUCAAGAAGACUUCACAAAUCUUCGUGGAGAUCGUUAUGAGAGAAGAAUUCCUACGGAUAACAAGAUUUUGCCAGCUGAUGGAACUGCAUUCGAUGCGAAAACACAAAAUCAAGAAGACUUCACAAAUCUUCGUGGAGAUCGUUAUGAGCGAAGAAUUCCUACUGAUAACAAGAUUUUGCCAGCUGAUGGAACUGCAUUCGAUGCGAAAACACAAAAUCAAGAAGACUUCACAAAUCUUCGUGGAGAUCGUUAUGAAAGAAGAAUUCCAACGGAUAACAAGAUUUUGCCAGCUGAUGGAACUGCAUUCGAUGCAAAAACACAAAAUCAAGAAGACUUCACAAAUCUUCGUGGAGAUCGUUAUGAGAGAAGAAUUCAUACUGAUAACAAGAUUUUGCCAGCUGAUGGAACUGCUUUCGAUGCCAAAACACAAAAUCAAAUCGAUUUCAAAUACAAUGGUGAUUUUGUGAGAAACCGAACGGUUUCAAAAGUUCAAUUUGCUGGUAGUCAGUUUCAAUCUAUUCCUAUCAAAAAGAAGAAAACGUCUUCAGCUGUUCCAAAAGCAAACAUCCGUAGUUCAAAAUACGAAAUCAUGGAAGAAGUUUGUAUUCUUUGUUAAGUUUCAUCUUUGAAAUGAUUUUAUUUUUCAGGAAUCAAGUUCGUGUUAUACAAUCGAAGAAGAUCCCGAACAAAGUAGCUAUGAAAUUGUGCGUUGAUGAACUUCAUACCAAAAUCUAUCAUUUUGAAAACAUUAUAAUUUUUGUUUCAGGAAUAUCAAUAUCGACCGGUGCGAUGUAUUGCUGGUGAGCUUAUAGAAUCAAUACAACGAAAUCACUCGGCAACCGAGCAUUUCAAAUUCAAUACGUGUGACAAAGGACAUCAUUUUUACGACCAUAAAGCACAUCUAUAAUUAACUUUACUAUUUUUCUAAAAUAAAAUAAAAUUUUAUGUCAUGUAUGGAUAAUUUCUGGGUUUCAUUGUCAAAUUUUUAUUUUCCUAUCAAAAUCCAAUUUUUUGUUUCCAUAGAGAUAUGCGUUUCUAACUUAACUUCACCUCUCUUUUUCUCUAACUCGUUUUUCUUUUCCUUUUUUCGUGCAUUUUUUCUUACCCUUACUCCAUCUUUUUCUCUUCUAGCUCUUUUCCAUUUUUUUCUUCGUUCUUCUCUUAUUCUUUCCGAUUUUUCUUCGUCCUUUUCUCGUUUUUUGAAUUAAGUGAUACAUAUUUGGAACCGGAUUAGUGAGCCUUUUCAUUAAAGGAUCAUAUAUCCUUCUGGGUGUUUUCUGAUCUCGAAAAAAUAUGAUUCUAUUUUCAGACAGAGUGAUGAAGAAACGAUAUUCAGAUAAUGAUGAGGUAUGUUUUUUUAAUUGAAAACAUUUUCUAGUUAUUUUUUUUAUUAUAGCCAAGAGAAUCGCGUCGCGAGCGUCUCAUGCGUGAAAGACAAAACUUGGUCGAGUUUGCAAACAGCAAAGUGAGUUUUUCUAAAAAAAAAAAUUCGAAAAAAAUGGUUUUGAUGAUAUUUAAAAUUUUUAGUUUUGGUGUAGCACAAAUCAGAAAACUCGAAUCAACUCGAAAAAUUGAAAAUUUGUUUCUGAAGCUUUAUGAUACUUAUGAAAAAGAUUCCAGAAAAAAAUGCUGGGUUUGCCCCAGAAAAUUUUCACAGGUCUUCAGUACAACAUUUAUCUUUGAGCCUCAAAUGCAUUCUCGAAAAUAGAUAAAGUUCAAAAGUUAUUCUCAUCUCUAAUUAACUUGAAAAAGUUAUCCAACUGAAAACGUAUGGUUUAUGAUAAGAUUCAGUCUUUCGUCAGAUCAAAGUUUACUUUUUUGUGUCAUGUCAGAAAAACAUGCUAUUUUUUGAUUCCAAGAAAAAUUGAAUUUUCUUCUGGGAACCUGUCCAUCAAAUUGAAACAAAAACCCGAAAUCAAAAAAUUUGUCAAUCAAAAAUACAAUUUCAGAUUUUCCCCUUCUUCCAUUCUUUUCAAAAAUGACGUUUCAUUCAAUUUCCCAUCCAAUUUUUCAUUCAAUUUAUUCAUCCAUCAGAUUUUUCUCAUUUCAUUUUUAUUUCAUUUUUCAUAUGGACUGAGUGAGCGCCGAGUGCAAACUAUUUUUGGAACUCUUCUUUAAUUUUAUUUUAAUUGUGCCUUCACAUCAGCUCAAACUUUGGAACUUGAACGAAAAUGAACAAAAAAAAAGAGCAAAUAAAUUAAAUAAAGUUAAUGGAACUCAGAAAACAUCAAUUUAUUUUUCAGACUUGCAUGGUUUUGCUAACAAUUUUGAGUCUGGUGAUAUUCAUCAUAAUUUCGAGUCUACUUCCAGAUGAUUUAGGAAGAAAAGAUGAGGAUUACGGGUAUACAUUACCAUUUGAUUAUAUGCCAAAUGAACCAGAAAAUUAA